AUGGCUGAAAGUGAAAAAGAUGCUACGAAGACAAACCCUCCGACAAGAUUUGAGGUGUAUUGUAAGAAACUUGGUAUUAAUCCAAAUCUUGUAAUGUUAAAAGUAACGCUGUUCAUAAUGUAUGGAGCCAAUGCAUCAUUAAUUCCAUUCUUGACAAUCCAUAUGCAAAGCAUCGGUUUAACAGUAGAAGAAAUUGCAAUAAUCUACCUAGCGUUGCCCUUAACAACAUUUUUAAGUCCUCCUAUUACAGGUUUCCUUGUUGACAAGUUAGGACACUACAAGUCGGUUGUAGUAAUUUCACUUGUUCUCAAUGGUUUAUUUCAUCAUGCUUUGGUAUUAAUUCCACAAAUGGAAAUUCCAGGUGAAGUUCCAAUUGCUUAUGUACUAAGGCAUCCUGAGACUGGAAAAGUUGAAGUCUGGUGGAGCCCAUGUCCAAGUAGAGAAUGUCCCGAAGAAGAAGAGUUAAAUCUAGUGUUGGAUGAUUGUUUGGAUCAUUGUCCUUUGAAGAAUGUAACUUUAAAUAGACCAAAUUUGCUAACUGGUGUCCAUCAGAGUAUAGCAGUCAGGCCUCCGACAUUUUUAAACAGUGGAAAUGGGCCUGGCUGUGCUAUAAAUCCUGGAAAGGAUGGAAACACCAAAAACCAAGUACCCACAUGGGGUAUACUGCCUGAAGAUCUCAGAUUUCACUUGGAAAAACAGAAACACAAUCAUACUUUAUUUGUUAAAAAAAAAGGAUCCAAGAAUAAGAAUAAAAUAAAUGGCACUUUGGUUACUAAAAGCACUGAGGGUCCACGCCGCACUCCAGUUGUCCUCAAUAAUACUACACCAUCCCCUGAAGAAAAAGCUGCUUUAUUUGUUAUUGAUAUGCAUGCGGAUUUAGGAGAUCCGAAGGAACAUUUAGGAAUGGAAAUAGAAGAAGACGAAAAUGAAAUAGUCACUGACUUCCACCAACAUUUUGAUCGGGAAUUGCUAUUAGCUGCAGGAAUAAAUUAUACAGAACUUAUGGAGUCAGAUCUUCGUUGUGGCGGAUUUGUAAUGGCCACUAAUCUUACUUAUAAUACCUUGAAGGAAUUAGCAGCUGAUUGUAUGCUACAAAUCUGUUCUUUCAGGGAAGGAGGACCUGAGGUAUGUCCACCAGACUAUAAAGCAUCUGAGGAACAUGUUUUUUGGACUUAUUUUGUUCUUCGAUUUCUUGGUACAACUAUGAACUCGGCAUUAGUAACUGUUAUGGAUCCUGUUGCAUUGACCAUGGUUCAACACUAUGGAGGAGAGUUUGGUAGAGAAAGAUUAUUCUCUAUUAUCGGCAUGGCAAUUUUUUCACCAAUUACUGGAUUUUUAAUUGACUACUCAAGUAGAAAACUUGGUUAUACCGACUAUUCAUAUGCGUUCUAUAGUUAUUCCUUCCUUUUGGGUUUAUCAGCAAUUUCAGUAAUGUUGAUGCCUAUUUAUGUAAAAGUACCUGCUGAUAACAUUCUGAAAGAUAUGUUCAAACUUCUAAAAAUGCCUCAUGUCAUCAUGUUCAUAUUGUUUUUAUACGUUCUUGGAAAUUUUUGGGGAUUUUUAGAAUCCUACUUAUUUCUCUAUUUGAAAGAGCUAGGAGCUCACAACUAUCUAUUAGGUGUCACUGUUACAAUUGGUACGCUAAGCAGCAUUCCUUUCUUAUAUGGAGCAGAAAAGAUCACUAAAAAAAUUGGCCAUGUUAAUGUGAUUGUCAUCGCUUUCUUUUCACAUGCUCUUCGUCUCAUGGGAUAUUCAUUUAUUGAUAAUGCCUGGUGGUGUUUCCCAUUUGAAGCUAUGGAAUCCCUGUCUGUACACUUAAUGUGGGUCGCUGCGGCUACUUACUGUGCUGUACUUGCUCCUAAAGCUCUUCUAGCCACGCUUAUUGGAAUCUUAGGAAUGGCUCACUUCAGUCUUGGGCGUGGAAGUGGAAGUUUCUUUGGUGGUUUUCUUAUUGGUACUAUUGGAGCACGUCGGGCUUUUAAAACCAUGGGAUUAGUUGCUGUAAUUGGAGGAAUCAUCUAUGGUCUAUUGCAUUUCUUUUGGCUUCAUAAAUACACUGAAACUGUUGAAAAACAAGUUACAGAACCAGAAGCAGAGAAGUUGAACUCAGAAGAUCCAGAGAAAAAUGAAAGGGAUGUACUAUCAGAGAGUACUGAAAGAUUAUCACUUUUGAUAAGAUUUAAUCAUCGUGGAUCAUUGACUUCUCUCAGUGAUCGAGGAGCCGGUAGUAGAAGAAGCAGUUCUAAUGAAAUAGGCAAAAGUUUGCUAAAAUCGGCACUUGAGAGCAACUACAAGAAUUCUAAUUCCCAGUUGAAUUUCAGAACUUCAUCUCCCCAGCUUUCGAAACCUACCAAGCAGGGAACAGAACCGCAGACUCCGCAGCAGACGAGGAGGAUUCCUUCACAACUGGCAGCGGUGCAGACGGACGAUAACAUUGUGCGCAGGAGCUCAAUAAAAGAAGAAGACGAAACAUUGGGUUCGGAAAACGACAUUUCUCCGAAAAUCACCAAGAUUAAAAUAUCGCCACCUACAAAAAACGCUAGCUGA